UCAUAAAGGAUGGCUGUAUAUGAAUCGGUCAGAGGAGAUUUCCACUCAGUAUCUUAUAUUCCAUUUCAAAUAAUCGUAUAAUCCGAUAAUGUAUAUAAUGUAGGCUAUAUUUAAUCAGGUCGUGCUUGUUUAAGAUAGUGAAUUAAUAAAUACCAAUUUCUUUGUGAAGUUGACGCGAUAUAAUGGGCAUCUGGCAACCCAGUGGAGGUGACGAGCUUUAGAUGUGAUACAGUUGUGUUGAGCGCAGCGUCGAGACGUCCAGAGUGUCGCAUUUUAAAGCGGUGAAUGGACCAGCUUAAGCGAAUGGCACGUCUGAGCGUUGGUCCUCGACUACAAAGAGUUCUUGUGUAACCCAGUAAUCGUCUGUUGUGACGAAUCUACAAAACCAGCCUCAAUAGAUUCCCCAAUGGCAUCUGAAUCUGUCUGUGCGCAUAAGUACCUGUGUGGGGGUAUGUCUCUCAAUGUAGGGGAUUCUCAUCAUAUGAUGUAAGAGAUCAAGAGCUGUGUCAAAUAAGGGUCACUUUACCAUCACCAGCAUCCUGUAAUAGAUUCCCAGUGGUACCAGGCUCAGGUGUCUCACAAAACUCAAUUGGCUGGGUUCCCAGGUGGGUCAUUGUGGGUAACCUCCUUCAGAUGGCUUGAGAGGGCCUCACAGGACUGCUCUGAGUGAAGUGGCUUAAUGCCUUCACACACCUUUUGUUCCCUUGAUGAGACCUGCCUGAUGGAUUCAGGAACUCGACGAGAGCUGCGUACAGCAGAUCCCAGCCUCCACUCGCUUCGUCACGGCCAGUCCUGAGUAUCGGGCGUUCACCUCAACACGCUUUGCCCGACCUCACCAUCCCUUUUUCUGCUUCUUUCCCAUCUCACUCCACCCCUGGAUCCUCUACCAGCCCUCCUGCUCGCCCCUGAGAUGAUCGGCAAGCUGAAGCAGAACUUACUAGUGGCCUGUCUGGUCAUCAGCUCCGUCACGGUCUUCUACCUGGGUAGGCAUGCCAUGGAGUGCCACCACCGGAUAGAGGAGCGCAGCCAGCCACUGGUGAGCAGCCUGCGUACCACUCUGCGUACGGGCCAGAACCUCAGCAACCCCUUCAUCUACAAUAAAGACAUGCCUCUUAUAUUUAUUGGUGGCGUCCCUCGCAGCGGCACCACUCUUAUGAGAGCCAUGCUGGACGCUCACCCCGAAGUACGCUGUGGGGAAGAGACCCGCGUCAUCCCGCGCAUUCUGGCCAUGAAGCAGAUGUGGAGCCGCUCCGGGCGGGAGAAAAUGCGUCUAGAUGAAGCUGGAGUGACGGAUGAGGUCUUGGACUCAGCCAUGCAAGCCUUCCUACUGGAGAUUAUCGUAAAACACGGGGAACCUGCCAACUACCUGUGUAAUAAAGACCCCUUUGCUCUUAAAUCACUCUCUUAUCUGGCUAAGAUCUUCCCUCAUGCUAAGUUCAUUCUCAUGGUCCGCGAUGGCAGGGCCUCUGUCCACUCUAUGAUCUCCCGUAAAGUCACCAUUGCUGGCUUUGACUUGAGCAGCUACCGGGACUGUCUAACAAAGUGGAACCGGGCCAUAGAGACAAUGUACACACAGUGCCUGGAGGCAGCGGACAAGUGCCUGCCUGUGCACUACGAACAGCUCGUUCUGCACCCAGAAAAGUGGAUGAGGACGCUUCUGAAAUUCCUGAACAUUCCUUGGAAUGAUGCAGUUCUGCACCACGAGGAGCUCAUUGGAAAAGCAGGAGGCGUUUCACUCUCCAAAGUAGAGAGAUCUACAGACCAGGUGAUCAAGCCUGUCAACGUGGAGGCCUUAUCCAAGUGGGUGGGUAAGAUCCCCCCGGAUGUACUGCGGGACAUGCCUGUCAUCGCCCCCAUGCUGGCCAGGCUCGGUUAUGAUCCACACGCCAACCCUCCGAACUACGGCCGGCCCGACCCCCUCGUCCUGGAUAACACUAGAAGGGUCUUUAAGGGUGAAUUUCAGCUACCUGAUUUUCUUAAAGAACAGACACAGCUUCAGAAGUCGCCAGAAAAGCCAAACCCAAGUUAGGAGGAGAAGACGCGAGCUUUAUCAAUAGAAGGCUGAGUAGAAGCAGAUGCCGUGGGACCAUGAUGGACUUGCGUCACCCCCGCUAUGCUGGGACCUCCAUGCAUGGAAACACUUACACACACACACACACACACACACAGGCCUCUGGACCCAGCCCACUCUUUGUAGGACAGUUUUGGCCUUUGAUGUUGUACAGUAACAAUUGUGGCCUAAGAAUGUCAUUGCUGUUCUGAAUUUUGUGUUUUCUUCUUUUCUGUUUUUCCACACUGUACUCUUUAAUUUUCAUUCAUUUUCCUGGCUUCAUAAACCUGUGAUUCUGUUAUAAGAAAAUACAGUGGAUUUAAUUAGCAACAAGGAAAUAUUUAUGGAGGAGCGUUAGCUUUAGAAGACGCAAUUUUAAUGUUGGUUUUUUAUUUUCAUGCCUUCGUAAUGUGCAAUUCCUUGGGUACUGAUGAAUGAUGUGCAAGACUUCAAUCUUGUGUAAAGAUAGACAUCCAUUUUGUUCUCUGCAUUCGCAAUGGAGUGACCUUAUGUACUUUGAGAAGAGCUGUAAUAAAUGAGCUGCCAGUGUUGAACGGAAGAGGCUCAUUGACAUUUUCUCCAUUGACAGAGAAACGCACAUUGGUGAUGUUGUUUUUACGAUUGUUAUUUUUGUACUUGUGUAAAUCAUAAUUAUGUACUCUUUUAUUUCUUUCAAUGAAAUAAACCCCUAAGCGCUGUUGGCAGCCAA